UUGUUUUCCACUUCGAUAUUAUGUUACUUUCCUUUUUAGCUUUAUUUGAAGAAGAAUGGAUAAAAUGAAGACAGCCAUUGUUUUAUUGUAUAUAGCAUUUAUGGAAUUAUUUUCUGGAACUUUCUAUGUUACAGUGUUUAAUGUAUUAUAUAAAAAUAAGGAGAUGCAGCAUGAUUUGCUAAUUAAUGAGGCAACUAUCACCAGAGACCAAAUGGCAUGGCUGCUAGAAUGUCUACAGUUUCUUCAGUUAAUGUCACAACGAACGAUUCAAGUGAAGCUGCGGAAAACACAACAGUUGAAUCAGUUACUACAUCAAGAGACGUACCAAGAGCAAUAAUUGAUACCAGUGUAACGAGUGAUACCAGUGGUACAAAUAUUUUAGCAACAGGUUUAGUUAUAGGCUUGGUUAUUUGUGGUUUAUUACUAGCAUGUGCUGUAAUUGUGAUUGUUGUCCUCAUAAGAAGGCGUACAUUCAAGAGCAGACCAAGAGAAAAAAUAAGAAACACUCUAGGAGGAAGUCAAGAUAUAGCUGUACCACUAAUUACCGCUAAUCAUUCCAGACUUAUGCAAGACGAUGGCAAAAAUAGCCAUACUGCAUUUGCAGUGCGUCUGAACACAACACUAUCAGACAAUCAGGCUCUAGAUAAUGAUAACUAUUCGACGGUGGAUCAGACAGCCGAACAAAGAUUUAAUGAGACUAAAGACGACGGAACUAGAACAACAGACAGUUAUAUGGCAUUAGAUCCAUCCGUCACAGGUUUCAAUCGAAAUUUGUCUAACACUCCUUCAGUUUAUGAGUUUGCUAAGCCUGUUGGGGAUACAGAGAACAACAUUGUCGAUGAGGAUCGAUAUGGUUUCACUGCUGAAGGCGUCUACGACCAUUCGGGAAGUAAUCGUAACGAGGAAUCAGAGAACACCAUUGUCGAUGAGGAACGAUAUGGUUUCACUGCUGAAGGAGUCUACAAUCAUUCGGGAAGUAAUCGUAACGAGGAAUCAGAGAACAACAUUGGCGAUGAGGAUCGAUAUGGUUUUACUGCUGAAGGAGUCUACAAUCAUUCGGGAAGUAAUCGUAACGAGGAAUCAGAGAACGACAUUGUCGAUGAGGAUCGAUAUGGUUUCACUGCUGACGGAGUCUACAAUCAUUCGGGAAGUAAUCGUAACGAGGAAUCAGAUAAUAACAUUUAUAACAAUUCCGUUGAUACCAUUUAUGACUCCGGAAGUCAUAAAAUAAAUGACGAAACGAGAGAAGAUGGCGAUGAGGAUCAAUAUGUUUUAUCUGAUGAAGUAGUCUACGAUCAUUCGAGAAUCAUUCGUCACAAUGAAACAGAGGAUAAUAAUUGUAACAAUGCCGUUGAUACUAUUUAUGACUCCGGAAGUCAUAAAAUAAAUGACGAAACGAGAGAAGAUACAUAUGAUCAUUUCUUCGGGCAAAAAACAGAAGAUCAAUACGAUAUCUCAACAAGGACAUGAACCCAUACAAUAGACAUAUAAUAUAUGUAUAUAGAUAUUCUGUACUCGGAUAUUCUAACACAACAGGUGAUACCUUGUAAAUAAAUAUUUGGUAGUAAUUUUAAAAAAGUCCAACAUUUGUCAGUGUUCAAUGUCCAGAGAUGUGUUCACAUGCGGAUUUUACAUUGCAAUAUGUAAGGUACGAUCAAUUUAUUUUCGACAAUUAUAUUAAUGUAUCAACAAAUACCUUUCGUGAAAAAGGGUAACAAAACCAUAUGCAGUAAUAAACUAUCAAGGAAACGAGAAAAUGCCAAGAAAAUAGUUUUUUUUAAUUUCGUGGACACUAAUGCCAAUUAUCUUCAUUAUUCAUAGCUACCACAUUAAGUGUUUCGUGGAAUUUCAAAACAAAUUUAAUGUUGUCAUAAAUUGCACUGGAGUGAACAGUGGUACAGCAAACGUCGAAUUCCCUCACACAAUGUUAUCACACACUAUAGUAUUGAUUAAAACAAUAAUCAAUUUUGAUCCUGGUACCUUUGAUAACUAUUUACACCACUGGGUCGAUGCCUCUGCUGGUGGACGUUUCGUCCCCGAGGGUAUCACCAGCCCAGUAGUCAGCACUUCGGUGUUGACAUGAAUAUCAAUUAUGUGGUCAUUUUUAUAAAUUUCCUGUUUACAAAACUUUGAAUUUUUCGAAAAACUAAGGAUUUCUUAUCCCAGGCAUAGAUUACCUUAGUCGUAUUUGGCACAACUUUUUGGAAUUUUGGAUCCUCAAUGCUCUUCAACUUUGUUUUUGAUUGGUUUAUAACUAUUUCGAUAUGAGCGUCACUGAUGAGUCUUAUGUAGACGAAGCGCGCGUCUGGCGUACUAAAUUAUAACCCUGGUACCUUUGAUAGCUAUUGAAUGGAAAUUUUUUUUAAUAUUUUGUAUUUAAAUCAUUAGCCAUUUACAAAAAAUAAAGAAGAAAAAAAUUCUACAGUGAAAUCAUUUUCAAUCAAUUUGAAAAGCUGUAUUACUGUCUAGGUCAGAGAUUUUUGUAAAUAGUUGAUUUAAUUAUUUUUUACACGGUUGCCUAAAACAUAAAGUAAUGAUCAAUAACAAUAAGUUGGUUUCUGUUUAGGUCGUCAGAAGAACUAAGAGCAGUAAACAUUACAAUUUAACUUGAAUCGAACGUGUGUCAUUAUAUUUGUCAUGUUUAUUGUUAUGUGUUUAUUCCAUUAGUCCAUUAUCAGUGAUUAUUGGGUGUAUUUUGUGCUCAAUAAAUUUCUUCGUUUU